AUGGCUGAAGGCGGCCCCUCUCCAGAACUGGACGAACACUUGCUGGAGUGUCCAAUAUGUCUGGAGCGACUUCGACAACCCAAGUCCUUACCCUGCCUCCACUGCUUCUGUCAAGAAUGUCUCGGGAUCUACAUCACCAAUGCGUCGACAACGGCAUUCCCCUGGCCUGUCUGUAGGAGGAUGACUCAGCCCCCCGCCAAUCAAACGGAAGCUAAGGACAAAUGGGCAGAACAGUUCCCGACUAAUGCUGAAAUCCAGAAGCUUAUCCCGCUCAGGGAACGUUCGUCUGAACCACUGUACUGCAAACCCUGCCAGACAAGAGGUGACCUGACAAAUCCAGCGAAAUUCUGGUGCAAGUUAAUGAACUUGAAUUUGUGCGAAACGUGUAAGGUACAACAUCAUGAUGUCUUACAUAAUGAAUGUGAUAUCUUAGAUAUCACCAGGUAUGAUAGUAGGAAGACAAAACAGGAACAGUCAGUCCCUAAAUGUGACCAACACGACGAGACAUUGAUUUGGUACUGUGAAGACCACAAACGUCUCGGAUGCCACAUAUGUAGGAACAAAGACCAUGUGAGAAGGUGA